CUAAAAGUUGAAUCGCAAGCGCCUUACUUAAUUUUUUACGGAACAGCAUGACCGUAUCUUGGAUAGAUGAACUAAGUAAUGAUCCAGCGUCACUUCCUCCUAUCGAGGAGAAAUUUGAUCCUGAACGGAAUAUUAAAACUACUAUUCGAUAUUUUUACAAUGAAGAUGGUGAUUUAAUCAAAGAAACCAAAGAGUAUAGCAGAGAGAAGCGUGUCGUUGCUUCUCAAGUAGCAGAAAGAAAAAAGUGGAAAAAAUUUGGUGCUUCAAAAUCUGAUCCUCAAGGUGGAAGUAUAGCUAAUACCUAUCCGGCUGAUAUUGUUACAAUGCAAAUUGUUCAGUUAAGACAGCCAGAACAAGAGCAAAAGAGACAAGAAGAAUUGAAUGUGAAAGUUAAACUCGGAGAACCAGUGGUUAUUUGCAGUUAUUGUAAGGGUGGGCAUUUCACACGUACCUGUCCAUAUAAAAAUGAUAUGGAAGCAAUGCAGUUGUUGCAAGAACAACUUCGGGCUAAAACUGAACCUGCAGAAGAAUCUGCUAAAGAACCACAAAUCGAUCGCCCUGGACGUUACAUCCCACCAUCUCUACGUGGUGAUGCAGCUGCAACAGGCACUAGCAUGUCUUCAGAAAAGCGUCCAUUUGAUGGAAACACAGUGCGUGUUACGAAUCUACCUCCGGAUACAACUGCAGAUGACCUUAAGGCGUUAUUCAGUUCAUUUGGUCAUGUGAUGCGUAUCUAUCCCGCAAAGGAUAAAUUAACUCAACAAAAUAGGGGUUUCGCAUUCAUAUCGUACGAAACAGCAGAUCAAGCGAAAAAUGCAAUUUAUGGUGUUAAUGGUCUUCGGCAUAACCAUGUCGUACUAAAAGUUGAUUGGGCUAAGCUACGUAAACUGCUGAUUCAGUAGGUACUAUUGCUCACCAGUUGCAAUGGGACUGGUAAUAACAAUGUAGCCUGUCGUCUUCACGAUUAUUGAGCCAAGUAUGUCACUCUCUUAUCCUAACUGAUACUUUGUUCAUAUCUGGUGGUCCUUUUGUUUAGCGGCAUUUAAAGAUCUUUUGUUGUUUAGUACUUACAUUUACCCUCUGUUUGUUAUUUUCAAUUGCUUUUUACAAUUCUAUUCGGUGGUAUCGUAUCAGUUACCGAUGGCUGGGGUUGGCAACACCUCAGCUUCACACUCUGUAGGCAUGUAGAUUAUCUGCUUUUUCUCCCAUGUAGAAGUACAGUCCACCAGAAAAUACUUAGAGGAAGACUUCAACUGGCCUGGAUGAUCCAGCAGCGAACACAUUUGAUUCCCUUCAAAGUGUCGCACUUAUUGACCAGAGGAAGUACUCACCAACACCAUGUAAUGUGUCUGUAAUAAGAUACAAAACGCGUUUUCUAGGCCAGCGAGAAAUUACAUAGCUCAGAUUGUUAGUCUACUGGGUAGCAGGCCAACUAUAACUUACUAUGAUUCCUGUUUGGUGUUGUCGCACACCAUCGACAUUAAGCUUAGAACUUUCACUACUUGAAAGACCUCCAAAAUGUGAAAGUCUUCUUGUUAUUAUAACAUGUGCUUGAUGUCAACUUCACAGUGUGCUGGGCAUCUAUCAGUUCAGACAUAUCUUACCCCCGCUAAGAACAUAAGCAUCGCUCUGUAUCUUAUUUCUCCUAACCUUAGACUUUACUGUGAUAGAGAUGUUGUAGGCUGUUCAUUUCUAGAGUCAAUGUGUUGUCCUGCUUUGAAAAACCUAUGAAUAGUAACACUCAAUACUGUCGCAGGGACUAGCCUAUCUAUAGUGGGUUUAACGUGGCCAAAAUAGUAUCCAGGUCUGGUCUUCAGGUUCUUCUUACUUAACCCUCCAUCCUUAUGGGAAAUAGAGGAUCGGCUCAGGUAGAUUAUCUUUGUUAGAAGCGGGAGUAUUUUUCCCCUGUUGAAAGUCAAACAUUUCCCGCGGAUAUCUUUCUGCUCCUCAUACGGACGAUAUUCACAUGCAGUUGCUUUCUAUACACUCUACAUAUGUAUGAUUGUUUGUAGCAAAUUGAAAGGUUAACUUACAUACAUCAAGACUUGGUGACAGCUGCAGGUAUAUGAUAGAUAUCAACUGAUUGGUAUUUUGCAAACGUACUUAACAAAGGGUUAUGUUUUCCGUAAAUAUUAUACAUCAAUACAUCGAAUAAUGUUAGAGAAUUAGAAACUUUAAAAAUAUUUAUUUGAAGGUAACCUUGUCGACUUAAAAUACGCAGAAACAAGAUUUUUAGUUGAACUCAGAAAAUGAUUUUCCCUGGAGCACAAACAAUGUUUAUAACCAGUUGUGAUUUUAGAUUGCAAUAAGGCAAGUGACAGGGGGAGGAACACUCAAAUAACAAAAUAAAUCAACAACUUUAUUAGAAAAACCGGGACGAUAUGAUAGUAGAGAGUAUGUUGCGUGUGGAAGUUUAGCCUAACCACCGGCUUUUUCUCUGCAUCAAGAUUUUGUCCUUUCGUUUAAAGACAAGUUUCUUCAAAUCCAAGCAAUUUCUAGUUAUGCUGCUUGAAAUAAUAGAGAAAAUUUGUUACUCAGGUGGAUGAUUUGAAGUUAGUUGUGUUCUCUAAGCUGGUUGGCCUUAACUGCAAAGAACUUUCAAAUUCCAAGUCAAGAGAAAAUGUUCAAUACAGAUGUAAAUCGACUACCAUUCACGAAUAUGGUUGCCAGGAGAAACAAUUCUAUCAAUCGCGGAGAAUUUAAGUUAGUUCAUUUUAUGCUAAAACAUGCGUUGAAGUAAGGUGUUGUCCAGAAGGGGGGCGACGAAAGCUCCACAAUAAAAAUCAACAAACUCAGAGAACACGACUAAUUCCAAGUUAUUCUGCUUAUUAAUGACUACAAAACUUUAGUUAACGGUUAUAUUAUGACCAAUGUCGGGUUUGUUACCUGUGGUCAGACAUAUUAGGUUAGUUGAUAGCUGCUUUGGAUAGACUUCAUCAACACAACGACUUUACACCGUAUACGUUACUUACUUACUUUUACUAGCAGAUGUGAAUCAGUAUAGAAAUUUUGAUUUGGUAAAGAUUUUGCCCCCCCUCCCUCCUUUCUCCGUUUUUUGUGCUACUAUUGUGGUUGUGUUUACAGGUGCAAUCUCGGCUGCACAGACCAGUUGUACCCCCGUCAUCUAAACAACUAUUUGUCAGUCGAGUGGUUUUAUCUUUCCUGAGUGGUAACUCAUAAUAUACCUUCAUCUUGAUAACUGUCUCAUUCUACUGGCGGUUCAUUUUAUGGAAUACUUCUUGAUAAAUGUCAAAAAUGAGAAAGGUACUGACUAAACUCUUGUACUGCGCUGAAUAGAAUUGAUACGUUCAGACAGAGCUUCCAAUUAAAAUAGGAUCAGUUUUCAGGAGAUUGAAAAAAGUUGGUGUCGAUUUCAGGAAUAAAUGAUCAUCACGAGAUCCUAGUCGGAAAACGGUUCACUGGUUUAAGCGAUCAAUUUGUAGUUAUUAAGUUAAAGGUUGACUACAUUCAACUACUAUAUGACAAUGCCACAUGUCAGUCAGGUGAUCCACAACGGAAAACUAAGCGAGGCGUUCGAAGUACACAUAGGAGUAAGACAAGGCUGCUUAUUAUCAC